GAAAGGCCGAUGCGCGGUAGCAAAAGUCUGGCUUGCUCUGAAGUUUGAAUUCUGUAUUGAAUAACUACACUUCUCCUCUCAUCGUCUAUACCUCACCCAGCAAUUGACCCAACACACAACAUGUCUGCUCCCCGACAGGUCUUCAUCGCGGUCAUUGGCGCCGGCGGCGUGGGCAAGGCAUUCCUCUCCCAGCUCUCGACCCUCGCAGCGAAACUCUCCCAAUCGCCCACGACACCCACAACCCUCUCCCUCCUCUACCUGGCCACGUCGAAAAAGGCCCUCCACAGCCCCUCGUACGAUGGCUUCCCUCUCUCGUCCUGGGAGUCGUCGCUCCAGUCCUCCACAACCGCGCCACUGGCCCUCCCCCAGCUGGCCGAGUACCUGAACGAGUCGCCUGCCAAGGUCGUCCUGGUAGACAACACCAGCAACCAGAGCGUCGCCGAUGCAUACCCGUCCUUCCUGUCCAAGGGGAUAAGCAUCGUCACCCCCAACAAGAAAGCUUUCUCCGGAAGUUAUGACCUGUGGAAGUCCAUCUUCACUGCCGCACGCAACGGCAGCGGAACAGGGGGUUACGUCUAUCACGAGUCGUCUGUCGGCGCCGGCUUGCCCGUCAUAUCCACACUCAACGACCUCGUCGACACGGGCGACCAGGUCCUGAAGAUCGAGGGUGUCUUCAGUGGCACCAUGUCCUUCCUCUUCAACUCCUUCCAGCCUACAACAGGCGGCGGCGGCAAGUUCAGCGCAGAGGUCACAAACGCAAAGGACAAAGGCUACACAGAGCCCGACGCCCGCGACGACCUCAAUGGCCUGGAUGUCGCCCGCAAACUCACAAUCCUCGCCCGUCUCGCCGGCCUCCCCAUAGAAUCCCCGACCAGCUUCCCCGUUCAGUCGCUCAUCCCGCAAGAACUCGAGUCCUGCACUUCUGGCGACGACUUCCUGGCCCGUCUUCCGGAGUUUGACGGCAAGAUGGAUGCAUUGAAGCAGGAGGCGGAGAAGGAAGGCAAGGUUGUGCGCUUUGUCGGGAGCGUCGAUGUACCCGGGCAGAAAGUCAAGGUUGGGUUGGAGAAGUUUGACCUGGGACAUCCCAUUGCAGCACUGAAGGGGAGUGACAACAUCAUUGCCUUUUACACAGAAAGAUAUGGCGACAACCCGCUCAUUAUCCAGGGCGCAGGCGCGGGCGGAGAUGUCACGGCUAUGGGUGUUACAGCAGAUCUGGUCAAGGUGUUGAGGUUAUUGCAGUAGGCCUAAAAAAAAGUAUUGAAUUGGGAGUUGGAAAGCAUACAGGGCUCUUGAAAUAGUCAUCCUGUCUUGCACAACCACAUCUCACCAAGAUCAACAUGUAAAAGCAGCUAUCGUGAAUUUAAACACCAACCGCAGCACCCUCAGAUAACGCUGCGACAUGUCCAGUCUGCAGAAAACCCAUGUUCGCCAUCCCAAAUACGCCGAUAAUUUUCCAUCAACACCCCACUACACACCUCUCUCGAGCGCGACAUGCGAAACACGUAGAUAGUCGACAUUGCGCAAUAUAGACUGCAUCCU